AUGUCGGUGCGCUCGCUGCCCUUGCUCUUCCUGAACCUGGGCGGGGAGAUGCUCUACAUCCUGGACCAGCGCCUGCGGGCGCAGAACAUCCCGGCCGACAAGGCCCGCAAAGUUAUGAAUGACAUCAUCACAACCAUGUUCAAUAAAAAAUUUUUGGAGGAGCUGUUCAAGCCCCAAGAGCUCUAUUCCAGGAAGGCCCUGAGAGCAAUCUACGAUCGCCUGGCUCACUGCUCCAUCAUGAGACUAAACCAGGCCAGCAUGGACAAGCUCUACGACUUGAUGACCAUGGCUUUCAAAUAUCAAGUGUUGCUGUGUCCCCGGCCUAAGGAUGUAUUGCUGGUCACUUUCAACCACUUAGAUUCCAUCAAGGAUUUUAUCCGUGACUCCCCAGCCAUCAUGAACCAAGUGGAUGAAACUUUUCGGCAAGUAAUUGAAGUGUAUGGUUGUCUUUCUGCUGGUGAGUUCCAUCUCAUCAGACAGACCCUGCUGAUUUUCUUUCAGGACAUGCACAUCCGGGUGUCCAUAUUUCUAAAGGACAAAAUCCAGAAUUCAAAUGGCCGUUUUGUGUUGCCAAUAUCUGGGCCUGUUCCAUGGGGAACCGAAGUUCCUGGACUCAUCAGGAUGUUUAAUGACAAAGGAGAAGAAGUGAAGAGAGUGGAAUUUAAGCAUGGCGGACAGUAUGUCAGAGCACAGAGUGAAGGUUCUUUUGAUCUUUAUGGAGACAGAGUCCUUACACUAGGGACAAAUAUAUACAGCGUUAGUCGGCCAGUGGAAACGCAUGUGUCUGGAGCAUCAAAGAACUCAGCUUUGAAUACUAAGGAGAGCACUGCCCCGAACUCUCUUGCUAAAGAAGAACUGAAUUUCUUGGCCAGGUUGAUGGGAGGAAUGGAGAUUAACAAAAACAGCGGCCCUGAACCUGGAUUUCGGUUGAAUCUGUUUACCACUGACGAAGAAGAAGAGCACGCAGCAUUGACCAGGCCAGAAGAGUUAUCCUACCAAGUCAUCAACAUUCAGGCAGCCCAGGACCAGCAAAGAAAUGAGGAGCUAAGUCGGAUCAUGGGGGAGUUUGAGGUCCACGAUCAGCCCCAACAGAGCACCAGCAAAGGAGACGAUUUGCUGGCCAUGAUGGAUGAAUUGUAACAGUAACCUGGCAAGCUGGGGGUCCCACCUACAGCAGAGACUGCUGGACCAUAGCAGCCUGAGACCGGACCAGGACCCUCGAAGAUGCUGCUAGUUUUCUACCAAGAGGAACCUUGAUGUCUCCUGCUUUUUUGUAGUGUGACCAACUGCACACACUUCCUUCCAAAAGGCAUACACACACACACGCACACACUCAGCUAAAUUCAUUCUGAUUUUCAAACCUGACCUUUCCGUUUUCUUCCCACGUGUUUCAGCAGCCAUCUGUGGCUGAGCAGGCUCAGAUCCCAGCCCCAGAGUACCUCAGAGCAGGAUCACGUGCGCCUCCUCUCAGCUUUGCUCCCUCGUCUCGCCCGUGGGAGGUCUGGAUCUUGUCAGCAUCUCUGAUUCUUAAUGGGGAAUUCUGCCUCAUAGGGGGUUUGGAAAGCUCUCUUCUCCCUAGUGUAGUAGGAGCAGGAAUCUCAGGGAGGCCGAGUAAUCAGGGCUGUGUCCUAAACAGGGACUGGGGAACAUGUGGAGAGAUACAGAUAUGUUGCUAUAUAUAUAUAUAUGAAGAAAAUAUUUUGGUUUUCAGCAUGGUCUGUGCUCUUUGUCCACGGGCUUCCUCUAUCUUUGCCAUCCCUGGGCUGGCAUACCGACAACCAGGAGGUCAUGAGAUGUGUCUCACAAGUCCAAUGCUUUGUGCUCAGGAGAAUGAGAUACCACAGAGAGCUGUCACCUUGCCUUUCGAUUACCAGCCAAGCAAUUUCCCUUCUGGAGGAAGAUUCCUGAGUCUAAUUAGGGCUCACUUAAAGUAUUCAUAGGCUUUGCCCUCUUUCUUUUCAGGAGAUUGAAAUCAAUUCAGCUUCUUGCUGCUGAAGUAGGAGUGAUCUGGGGAGUCCCUCCCUCCCAUCGGCUAGACUGUAGCCUGUGGAAGCUAGCCAUGGAGCAUGCUUGGGGAUGGGCCUGCACCUCAGCCCCUUCGGGUGAACCAGAUGUGCUCUCACUCAGUGCUGAAGGAUUCGCACUUUAGAACGAGGCAGUAAUCCCUUAUCAGUCCUUAUGAACCAUGGUUGGUUCAGUUCCAAAUAAAGUAUAUAGGUUAGACUUAAAUUAUUUAUAUAUAGGAAGCAUCCAGCUUGGUGAUGUAGGACCUCACGAGGGGUGACUUGGCUUCUUCCCCUCCUGUAGCCCCUUUACCUGUCCUGUCCGAACUAAAACAUGCCUCUUCUGCAGUGAGAACAAGGGUAGAGGUCACCCUAUUUUCAUCUUUAAAAGGCUAUUAUCAGAUUUAUUCCUAGAACUGUGGGCUGUGUCCUGGCACUGGAGGAGGGUUUUGAUAUGAGUUAAUAAGUCUUCUUUACAAACCAAACAAAUUUAAGUUGCUUCCUGCUCAUCUAUCUCACAAAAGCACACCCCCCUCCCAGUAAAGUGUGUGGUAGAUAGGGGGUAGCAUGCAUUAACACUCUUCAAGGGUUUACAAAGUGCCUUCUGUUCAGCCCCUUCCUUUGACACAAUUUGGGCUCCCUUUGAAGGGGGUAGUUUGGCUGGGUGCUAAGCAAGGGGGAAUUGUUCCAGCCUGUUUAAAGGCUAGCUCCUAGCCCUUUGUUUCAGCCUGGCUGAGCAUCCAGUACAAAGCCAGGUUUUAGCGGCUGCCGGGAGCAUGUCCUCUGGGCCCUUGGAGGUGAGCCACAAACUACCACCAGAGGUGGCCACCUCCCGGUAACAUAUUCCUGAACGAUGCCAGCGAUUUCAAACAGAUCUGUCUUCUUGGUAAAUAGACAAGAUAAAAAUCUCUAGCCCUAAGUAGCUCUUUGAUGAGGCAAUCUUUUGGCUUAUUGCAUCCCUCUGGACUUACAUCAAUGCUGAGAAAGUGAGUGUAAUUCCUUUGUGUGGGGCAGUAGGAGUGUCCAGAGGUCACAAGGGGACAAGGGGUAAGUCAGACAUAACAGAGAGGGUGGGUGGCAGGAAUAAAAUGCUCUGAACUCUAUUCAUUUAACCCCAAACCAAAGGGAGCAGAGAGAGAAUGGUGGUACCACGAAGCCCCCUUUUUAUGGCAGUUUAAGACUGUUGGUGUAAGGAGACCACCCAACCACCUAUAGGUUUAGCUUUCAGUUCCAAGUGAACAGUAUGAUAGUAUUGGCUACCAGGAAGGGUGUCCUAAAACUGAGGGGGUGAGGAGGUAUAGAAAGUGAGACAAAUAAGAACAAUCUGCAGCCAGCACAUCCUUAGUUAGCUUCAGUCUAGGCCAGAAGGUAGACCAGCAUAAUCCAAUGGAAGGAGGGCAACAUUACCCGAGUUCAAAUCCCAGCUCUGUCUCUUACUCCCUUUGUGACCUUGGGCGAGUGAUUUCACCUUUCUAGGUCUAUUUCCUCAUCCAUUAAAAGAUCUGAACUUUCUGGUCUAAAUCAAUGAUCCCAUCAUCUUGUGGGUCACCCAAGAGUACCCAGGCCUUCCCUGUCUGUGUUACAAAGCAAAACUCCCCUUUUUCUGAAGUUGUGGACAAGGAAGCCUCAGGAAGUGGGGUCUGCCAUACCAAACAAAUCCCAAAAAAAGCAUUCACCCUUGUGACCCAACCCCAAAGCAGCCCAAAUGCUUCUGCCCACUCCACUAUUCUUCUGCUCUACCACAGAUCCCAGUUCCUCCAUGUAGAGGAUAGUUUUUGUAGUAGCUGCAGCCCAAACCAAAAAAAUGGCUACCUAAUUACCUUCUAGCGAUGAGACUGUCGCAUUUUUUAAAAAUUAUAACAAAUUUACUUCAUCCACUUCAGUCAACAAACAUUUAUUAAGCAUCAAUGUGAAAUGCAAUGUGCCCAACACUGUAUGUUAGUCAUUUCAUGGGUUGAUGUAUCCAAAAAAAAAAAAAA